GAUCCCCGUUGUUCCACGUUUCCCGUUGAUUUGCUUGUCAAUUCUUGUUUAAACUCGUGUUAAUUCUCGUGCGAAAAUUAGGUAAAAUGGUAAAUAAGGAACAAAAACGAAAACAAGAUUUAAAAGAAUUGUGCAAAAAUGACAAAUAUUCAAUUUUACUUCCCACUUACAACGAAGUGGAGAAUUUACCGAUAAUAAUAUGGCUUAUCAGAAAAUAUAUGGAAGAAAGCGAGCUCGCUUAUGAAGUUAUCGUGAUAGAUGAUGGUUCUCCAGAUGGAACUCUGGACAUGGCCAAGCAACUGCAACAUGUUUACGGUGAGGAUAAAAUAGUCCUAAAGCCCAGAGAAAAGAAGCUCGGACUGGGUACUGCUUACACGCACGGAAUAAAAUAUGCAACAGGAAACUUUAUUGUUAUCAUGGAUGCUGACUUGUCUCAUCAUCCAAAAUUUAUUCCAAAAAUGGCUGAGUUACAAAAAUAUCUUGAUCUAGAUAUAGUUAGUGGUACAAGAUAUAUUGAUGGAGGUGGUGUAUACGGUUGGGAUUUUAAGAGGAAAUUAGUCAGUAGAGGUGCAAAUUUCUUAACUCAAAUUUUACUGAGACCUGGUGCAAGUGAUUUGACAGGUAGUUUCAGACUUUACAAAAAAGAUGUCCUGGAAAAACUGAUACAAUCAUGUGUAUCAAAAGGAUAUGUUUUUCAAAUGGAAAUGAUUGUUAGAGCUAGACAAUUCAAAUAUACAAUAGGAGAGGUACCGAUUACAUUCGUCGACAGAGUUUAUGGCCAAUCGAAACUAGGUGGAUCAGAAAUCUUCCAGUUUGCAAAAGGCCUACUGUAUCUUUUUGCUACUACAUAAUUAAACAUUCCUUUAGGACAUAAGAAAACUUCUAAUUCUUUUUAAAUAUAUUCCAAACUUUGUAUUUAAAGUUGUACUAUACAAUAUAGGUAUGUGUAAAUGUGUUUAUAUAUUUAAUAAAAUUAUACAUGU